ACUUCCUCCUCCUCCCGCCUGCUGCCGGCUCCAGCUAGAGCUCCCUUUGCGCUGUGAAGCGGGUGCUGCGAUUGGGCGACGGUCCCUGAGCCUCCAGCUCCGCGUCGGUUUCAAGGCUCCUCCCUCCCGGUGAAAGACAGACUGCGGGGCGCCUAGAAACCGGUUGGAGGGCGCGCUAGGGAAAGGAGAGGCAGCGAGUUGAGGGAUUGACACAAAUGGUCAGGCGGCGGCGGAGGAGGAGGAGGCGGAGGCGCAGGGGGGACCCAAGGCGGCUAGGCUGCCGAGAGUUGCGCGCUCCUCUUCCCCGCUGCGGCCACUAGCGCGGCGCCGCCGGCCGAGAACUACAGCCCGCCGCUGGCCGGGGAGGAGGGACGCGAUCCCGGCGCGCCCGGACCACUCGCGCUCUCCUCGCCGCCCGCGCUUCAUGAACCGCAAGUUUCCGCGGCGGCGGCGGCGGCUGCGGGACGCAGAGCAGAAUCCGGGGGAGCGGGCGGAGCGCGGCCGCAGCCCGACGGAGGGCACGGGAGGGGACCAGAUCUCCCUAAACAGAGUGGGAGCCUCCACCCGCCGCGCCGCUGACCGCCCCAGCCUACCGGCGCCGAGGAGGGAGCCGAAAAAGUAUGGCUGAGGAGGCGGUGCCUAACGAGUCCCGGGCCGCCGGCCCGCCGAGCUUGGAACUUUGUGCCGGGGCGCUCCGGGACCGGCGGGAGGAGGUGGGGCACGGGGACAGGACCUGCCACCGCCGUCCCCUGGCUGACCUCCGGCGCGGGGCUAGCGGGCUGCUGUUGCUGUUUUGGCUGCUGGAGGCUCCGCUGCUGUUGGGGGUCCGAGCGCAGGCGGCGGGCCAGGUACCCGGGCCGGGCCAGCAAGCCCCGCCGCCGCCCCAACCGCAGCAGAGCGGGCAGCAGUACAAUGGCGAGCGAGGCAUCUCCAUCCCGGACCACGGCUUCUGCCAGCCCAUCUCCAUCCCGCUGUGCACGGACAUCGCCUACAACCAGACCAUCAUGCCCAACCUUCUCGGCCACACGAACCAGGAGGACGCGGGCCUAGAGGUGCAUCAGUUCUACCCGCUGGUGAAGGUGCAGUGCUCCGCCGAGCUCAAGUUCUUCCUGUGUUCCAUGUACGCUCCGGUGUGCACCGUGCUGGAGCAGGCCAUCCCGCCGUGCCGCUCCAUCUGCGAGCGCGCGCGCCAAGGCUGCGAGGCGCUCAUGAACAAGUUCGGCUUCCAGUGGCCAGACACACUCAAGUGCGAGAAGUUCCCAGUCCACGGCGCAGGAGAGUUGUGCGUGGGCCAGAACACGUCUGAUAAAGGCACUCCGACUCCCUCCUUGCUGCCGGAGUUUUGGACCAGCAAUCCGCAGCACGGCGGCGGCGGUUACCGCGGCGGCUAUCCGGGGGGUACCGGCCCAGUGGAGCGGGGCAAGUUCUCCUGCCCUCGCGCCCUCAGAGUGCCCUCUUACCUCAACUACCACUUUCUGGGAGAGAAGGACUGCGGCGCGCCCUGUGAACCCACCAAGGUGUACGGGCUCAUGUACUUCGGGCCUGAGGAGCUGCGCUUCUCGCGCACUUGGAUAGGCAUCUGGUCCGUGCUGUGCUGCGCCUCCACGCUCUUCACGGUCCUCACGUACCUAGUGGACAUGCAGCGCUUCAGCUACCCAGAGAGGCCCAUCAUCUUUCUGUCCGGCUGUUACACAGCAGUAGCCGUGGCCUACAUCGCCGGCUUUCUGCUGGAGGAUCGGGUGGUGUGUAACGACAAGUUUGCAGAGGACGGGGCGCGCACGGUGGUGCAGGGCACUAAGAAGGAGGGCUGCACUAUCCUCUUUAUGAUGCUCUACUUCUUCAGUAUGGCCAGCUCCAUCUGGUGGGUGAUCCUGACCCUCACCUGGUUCCUGGCAGCCGGUAUGAAGUGGGGCCACGAGGCCAUCGAGGCCAAUUCGCAGUACUUUCACUUAGCCGCCUGGGCUGUGCCAGCCAUCAAAACUAUAACCAUCCUGGCGUUGGGCCAGGUGGACGGCGAUGUACUGAGCGGGGUGUGUUUUGUGGGGCUCAACAACGUGGAUGCGCUGCGUGGCUUUGUGCUGGCACCGCUCUUCGUGUACCUGUUCAUCGGCACCUCUUUCCUGCUGGCCGGUUUCGUGUCACUCUUCCGCAUCCGCACGAUCAUGAAGCAUGACGGCACCAAGACAGAGAAGCUAGAAAAACUCAUGGUGCGCAUCGGAGUCUUCAGCGUGCUCUACACCGUGCCGGCCACCAUCGUCAUCGCCUGCUACUUCUAUGAGCAGGCCUUCCGGGACCAGUGGGAGCGCAGCUGGGUGGCCCAGAGCUGCAAGAGUUAUGCCAUCCCCUGCCCUCACCUCCAGGGGGGUGGAGGCGUCCCGCCACACCCACCCAUGAGCCCGGACUUCACAGUCUACAUGAUCAAAUACCUCAUGACGCUCAUCGUGGGCAUCACGUCGGGCUUCUGGAUCUGGUCCGGCAAGACGCUGCACUCGUGGAGGAAGUUCUACACGAGGCUUACCAACAGCAAACAGGGGGAGACUACUGUCUGAGACCUGGACUCAUUACCUUCCCUGGUUCUUGGCGGUAUCCCAGCCACUGCCUGAAAGCUGGCCCCAAGGAAUUUCUGCCAGGCCUGGCCACUCCAGGCUUCGUCUCUAGACAUACACUUUUUGCAGGCUCCUCUCAACAGUCUGCACAGGUCCUGCAAGAGCUUCCGUCCCUGGGGUAAAGGAAUCAGAGGGCGCAAAUGCCAGAGGUGUUUGUGUGUGGACCAUCUCUCUAGCCCUCUCUCUGAUCGCAGGACUUUAUGCUUUUAUGAUUGUAAAUAACCUGUGUAAGAUUUUUGUAAGUAUAUUUGUAUUUAAAGACUACCAAACAGGGGAUUUUCUUUUCUUUAAAAAAAAAAUGUUUAAUUAUUUCGGGCGGUUUAAGCAUUUGAAGCUUUUCUUACUUGCCCUUUUCUGAGGACUGCAGAGGAGGUAAAACGAAGCACACUUUGCUCUGCCUUGUGCCCUCAUCCCUUUGUAGGAGCAUAGGGCCAGCUUUCACCCUGCUGGCUGUAGCAGGGACUGCCUGUCCAGGGUCCUUUCUAGUCGCUUCCAUCAGCUUCUCCCCACUCCACGCCCCCUCCCUCCUUGCAGUGGGAACUUUUAAGGUGCAGAAUCCCACAAAGUUUCCAGAUCCUGAGGUGGGCCCCGCCCAUUCCAGUUCCUCUUUUCAGCGGUAGAGUGUGGAGGGCUGUCCCUGUGACUUCCCGAAUGAUGAUUGUUUAAGAACCACCUUCCAACUUCAUUAGAGGCCCAGAGGGUGGGCGCGGCCAAAUGACCCAGCUUCCCUCUACCCUGGUGUCCCUCAACCAGACUCUUCCUCCUUCCACUUAAAUUGGUCAGAGAGUAAGUGCAGUAACCAACGCCAAACUUUGGAAAGUCUGAGUUUGUGUAGAUGAGCUCAUUUACUCUCUAGUGUCUGGAACCUGCUAUGGGUUUGGCCAUCACCAUGGAAAGACACAGGGCUAGUCAGAUUGCGGAAGAGCAGCGAGCUUUGUGUGGGUUGAGAGAGACUGAAGAGAGAGAGGUUAGAAAGUGUGUUAGUUCUAAUUGCAUGCUCAUGGCUGGCAACCUGCUCCU